AAUAAAUAGAUAUCUAUAUUUCUUAAUUAGAUAAAAUGGGAGAGAUAAGAGUGAAUAGUGUUUGGGCUGUAAUGGGUUUUUUCCUUAUAGGAUUUCUAUGUAGUCAUCAUCAUUUUUCAGAGAGCUCAAAUGGGUUAUUUAAAGACCCACCAAAAUUCUAACGUUCAAUUCUGUUCCUACAAAUUAGGAUAUGAACGUUAAGCAUUCCCAUUCAAUCCACAAAAUGUUAUUCAUUCAUGAUAUGUUGGGUUUAAUUGAUAAAAGUAGUACAAUUGGAAAGAAAAAGAUCAUAUAUGGAUAAUGAGAAAAAUGGCUAACAGUGGCAAACCUUGAUAACAAAUUCUUUGUUAUUAAAUGAGGAUCUUACUGCUUUGGGAGUUUGGAGAUUCUAAUUUAUAGGAUUGUUUUCCUUACCAUGAAAUCAUUUUAUGUGUAGUCAAACAUUAGGUAUGGCUUAGGUUACUGUAGUAGAAUACAAGUGGUGCUCACUUCCAAAAUUAUGGGUACUAAAUCCGUAAAGAAGAAAUAAAUUAAUGCAUUCAAUCCUCUUCUUGAGUGCUUGGAGGCUUUAUGUUGAUGUGUUCUUGAGUCCAUCUUUUCUAUUUUUGAAUGAUUGCAAACAUGUCAUUACAUGCAUGUAUUUACAUGAUUUUAUGAAAAUUACUCAUUGACUUUUGUGUUUUUCAUGAGUAGCUAAUCUCAAAUUGAGCCAAAGUAACCUGCUUACAGUUAAGGAUCUUUUGGCUUUGGCAUCAAAUUCAGAAAAAAAAAUUGACAGACAUCUAAACUUUCCCAAGAAAAAUUCUUGACAAAACCUGUUCAUGCAAUGCCCCAUCUCACUGUUAAAUGCUCAUCGUGGUGGAAUUCAAAUGAACAGAAAAUUCCAUCGUCUUCAUCCAAGACCGCAAGCUUGAAAAUGGAUUCUCCACAACAACAAAUUCAUGAAGCAAAACAUUUAGGUCUUCAACUACCAGACCAGGAAUCAUCCACAAUUCAAUUUACUGGUCAGUCUCACCAUGAAGUGGGUGCUGUGGGAGGGACCAAUUCUCAAGGUCAAUGCAUUUCAUCAGAAUCAGAUCAAGAUGAAGGUUGUGGCAAUGCCAAAGGUCAAAUGAAGGCAGGUUUUUUGUUGAAUAAUUCAGAUUUUAUGUUCAAUCCCUCACAAGUUGCUCAUAGCUAUUCAAUGGCUCGUGUUCCAUAUCCUUAUGCUGAGCCAUGCUUUGGUGGGUUGUUGACUGCUUAUGGACCACAAGCAAUUAUGAUGGGGAUGGCACCUGCACGAGUCCCACUGCCACUUGAUUUUACGGAUUAUGGACCCAUUUAUGUCAAUCCAAAACAGUACCAUGGAAUCCUCAGAAGGAGACAGUCACGUGCAAAACUUGAGGCUCAAAACAAACUUGUCAAAGCUCGAAAGCCAUAUCUUCAUGAGUCUCGGCAUCGUCAUGCAUUAAAUAGGACUAGGGGGACUGGUGGACGCUUUCUCAGCACAAAAAAGGGGCAAAAUCCUGAUCCAACCGCCACUAGUAGCAACCAUUAUGUCUCGGACACUGAAAAUAUAUCAGACUUUGAUAGUAGUCAAUUUGGAACCCAUCAACAUGUUGGUUCCAUUACAGCCUGCUCUGACAUCACUAGUGUCUCCAAUAGAAAUGGUAACAAUGCCUAUCAGCAGCCGGGUCACAGGUUCUCAGGCCUGUCUCCCCACUUGGGUGGAGCCAUGCAAUGCAAUGGGAGCCUUGUGUCCGGUGGCACCCAACACUGUGCUUCAGUUGUCCGGUGAGGAUACACUGUACUUCAGUCGUCCGGUGAGGAUAUUGGGAAGUACACGAUUACCAUUUCACUGGUCUGGCAAUUCAUCCUUGGCUUUGUCACUUAAACUUUCUAUAUGCUAUUAUAAUAUGCUUGAUUUCAAAUUGCGUAAGAGACGCCACCAUGUACCAGGUUUAUCUAUCUGCUUCCUGCUUCUUGCGUUGCAUGGAUUGUGAGAAUAAUCACAUGGCUGUAAGGAGAGGCCGUGCUUGUAAUCCUACUAUGCUAAUACGUCACUUUGGUUGUUACUAUGUAACUCUUUGCAUAAAUGGGAGAUCAUCAAACACAAUAUAUAUUUAUAUAUGAUGCUUCCGGCUAUAUUCUCCUAGAAGGCUAGAAAUUUGAUCUUUUUUUUUUGCGUUUUCAUACUAUGUAUGUUUUAGGGUAUCCAUAAUAUAUUAUCCUCUUUAUGUA